CGCUACCUAGAUACAAACGGGUUUCGCCUCGCUCGCUCCCCGGCCUCCCGGGCUCCUCUAUGUUUGAUUCAUUUUUCACGUCUGGCACCGGUGGAAAAUAAAAAAGCUAUUUGAAUGUACAGCAUGAUGAUGGAGACGGACUUGCACUCCCCUGGCGGAGCCCAGGCGCCCACGAACCUCUCGGGGCAGACCGGAGCGGGAGGCGGCGGAGGCGGCGGCGGCGGCGGCGGGGGAAACAAAGCGAACCAGGACCGGGUCAAGAGACCCAUGAACGCCUUCAUGGUGUGGUCGCGGGGCCAGCGGCGGAAGAUGGCCCAGGAGAACCCCAAAAUGCACAACUCGGAGAUCAGCAAGCGCCUGGGGGCCGAGUGGAAAGUCAUGUCGGAGGCCGAGAAGAGACCGUUCAUCGACGAGGCGAAGCGGCUGCGAGCGCUGCACAUGAAGGAGCACCCGGAUUAUAAAUACCGGCCCCGGCGGAAGACCAAGACCCUGCUCAAGAAGGACAAGUACUCGCUGGCCGGAGGGCUGCUGAGCGCCGGCUCGGCCGGGGGAGGCCCGGCCGGCGUCGGCGUGGGCAUGGGCGUCGGCGUCAGCCCGGGCGGCGUCGGGCAGCGGCUGGAGAGCCCCGGCGGCACGGCCAGCGGCGGCUACGCGCACAUGAACGGCUGGGCCAACGGCGCCUACCCGGGCUCGGUGGCGGCGGCGGCGGCGGCGGCGGCGAUGAUGCAGGAGGCGCAGCUCGCCUACAGCCAGCACCCGGGCAGCGGGGGGCACCCGCACCACCCGCACCCCCAUCACCCGCACCACCCGCACAACCCGCAGCCCAUGCACCGCUACGACAUGGGUGCUCUGCAGUACAGCCCCAUCUCCAACUCGCAGGGCUACAUGAGCGCCUCGCCCUCGGGCUACGGCGCCCUGCCCUACGGCUCCCAGCCCCACCAGAACUCGGCGGCGGCGGCGGCGGCAGCGGCGGCGGCGGCGGCCGCCUCCUCGGGUGCGCUGGGCGCCCUGGGCUCGCUGGUGAAGUCGGAGCCCAGCGUGAGCCCGCCCGUCACCUCUCACUCGCGGGCCCCGUGCCCCGGGGACCUGCGGGAGAUGAUCAGCAUGUACUUACCGGCCGGGGAAGGCGGGGAUCCUGCGGCCGCUGCCGCCCAGAGCCGGCUCCACUCCCUGCCCCAGCACUACCAGAGCGCCAGCACGGGGGUGAACGGCACCGUUCCCUUGACGCAUAUCUGAGCCCCCGCCGGCACCGGAGCGCCGGAGGGAGGCACGGACGCGGGCACAGGCUCGGCCCCCGGCCCCGGCCCCGGGCCGGCCUGCAGGA